CUCUCUCUCUCUUCUCGGCAGUUCGAAGUUUUCAAGCGCGAACGGCUCUCAGGCGCCGGUACUGCUCAGCACCGCGUUCUUCAGCUCCGGAGAUUCUCCAAUUUGUUUCCGAUGCCAAGCGCUUGGACAAUUAUGAGCUUUGCAAUCAUACAUAGGGAUUUAGAGAGGGAGUGGGAGAAUCAUUUUGGAGUUAUGAGUAUAGUUUUUUGUUAUUGGAGAUUCUUGCUCACUCUCAGAAGAGCUAUACAUCUGCUAGUGAAUUCUGGAGAGGAUGAGGAGUUCAAAUUUUAAUUCAAUAUAUAUGUUUUGCUUUGGAGCAUCUUGGAGCAAAUGAGCAAUGGAGCUUGUGGAGCACGGCUCACCUCGAGGAUUGCUCUCUUGAAAAUUUGCAGCGGCCAGUUUUUUGGUCUCAAGUAUGAGUGGACGGUUUUCUCGCACAAUCUAUGUCGGCAACCUGCCCUCAGAUAUAAGAGAACGGGAGGUUGAAGAUAUAUUCUACAAGUAUGGCCGGAUUUUGGAUAUUGAGUUGAAGAUUCCACCACGCCCCCCAUGCUAUAGCUUUGUUGAGUUUGAGAGUUCUCGCGAUGCAGAAGAUGCAGUAAGGGGUCGUGAUGGGUACAACUUUGAUGGUUGUCGUUUAAGGGUUGAGCUUGCCCAUGGUGGUAGUAGAGGCCCACCAUCUAGUGAUCGUCGUGGUGGAUAUAGUGGUGGUGGUAGUAGCAGAGGAGGUGGCGGUGGGGGUCGAUAUGGUGUCUCCCGUCAUUCUGAGUUUCGAGUUAUUGUUCGUGGCCUCCCUUCUUCUGCUUCAUGGCAAGAUUUGAAGGAUCAUAUGCGGAAAGCUGGUGAUGUGUGUUUUGCUGAGGUUUGUCGUGACAGUGAAGGGACUUAUGGCUUGGUUGAUUAUAACAAUUAUGAUGACAUGAAAUAUGCUGUUCGGGAACUUGAUGAUACGGAAUUUAAAAAUCCUUGGGCAAGAUCCUAUAUUCGGGUUAAAGUGUUAGACAGAAGUCCCUCUAGGAGUCGGAGCAGAAGCCGUAGCAGAAGCCGAAGUGUAAGGAGGAAUAGGAGCAAUUCGUUGGAGCGAUCUGUUUCUAGAUCAGUAUCAAGAUCUAGGUCUGCAUCUCCGGUGAAACCUUCCAGGCCAAGAUCGAGAUCGAGGUCAGGAUCCCCCCACCCGGCGCUUUCAGGUAGUGCUUGAUCCUCUUGGGAAGCCAUCGUGAUGUAUGGGUGUUGGGUGCAGCGAGUCUAAUAUCUCAGCGGACUAGUUUUUAAUGUUACUUUUGCUUCAAACAUUCAUUUGUUUGGAUUAUGGCUGGCUGUGUGUGUUUUUAUUAGUCCACAGAAGAAAGACAAUGUUAGUGAUUUUAAUUUUACCUUGAAUGAAAGACGCCGUGUAUUUUGGUAUUGCUUCUGCGUGGAUGUGGCUAAAUAUUUAUUUGAAUAAAUAAGAGCUAUUGUCAGACAUAAUUUGUUAGAGGUCCAAGGUUUUUUCCUUCUGAAUAAUUGAGAACCAUUUCAUUUCA